GCUGGGACUCUGCCGCGCCCGCCCAGCCGCUCCGGGUCCCAGGCCCGCACACCCAGCCGCUUUCCCGCCACUGUCACCACCGCGGCCGCUGCCAAUGAAACUCUUCCCGCUCCUAGUGGGUUUUUCCACUUUGCUGAAUUGUACCUAUACUCAAAAUUGCACCAAGACACCUUGUCUCCCAAAUGCAAAAUGUGAAAUACGGAAUGGAGCUGAAGCCUGUUAUUGUAACAUGGGAUUUUCAGGAAAUGGUGUCACGAUUUGUGAAGAUGAUAAUGAGUGUGGAAAUUUAACCCAGUCCUGUGGUGAAAAUGCUAACUGCACUAACACAGAGGGAAGUUACUAUUGUAUGUGUGUGCCCGGUUUUAGAUCCAGCAGUAACCAAGAAAGGUUUAUCACUAAUGAUGGAACCAUCUGCGUAGAUAUAGAUGAGUGCAGUGAAUCAGUAGUCUGUGGUGAUCAUGCAGUGUGUAAAAACACGCUUGGUGGGUAUAUCUGCUCCUGCGAGGAAGGUUAUCAGACAUCGACAGGAAAAUCACAGUUCACACCUAGUGAUGGCACUUACUGCCAAGAAAAUGUGAAUCCAGACUGCCUUUUAGAUAGUGCAUGUAUCACUGCAACAAUUCACAAAACUUUUAAAAAACUUAGAAGCAUAGAACCUGUGGCUUUGCUACAAGAAGUCUAUAAAAAUUCUGUGAAAGAUCUUUCACCAAUGGAUAUAAUUACAUAUACAGAAAUAUUAACUGAAUCAUCCCCAUUACUGGGUUACAUGAAUAGCACUAACUCAGCCAAGGACACUCUUUCCAAUUCAACACUUACUGAGUUUAUAAAAACUGUGAAUAAUAUUAUUCAAAAGGAUACAUUCAUAAUUUGGGACAAAUUAUCUACAAAUCUUAGAAGAACUCAUCUUACAAAACUUAUGCAUACUGUGGAACAAACUACCUUAAAGAUAUCUCAGAACUUCCAAAAGAUUACUCAGUUUGAUACUAACUCAAGUGAUAUAGCCCUCAAAGCUUUCUUUUUUGAUUCAUAUCACAUGAAACAUAUUCAUCCUCAUAUGAAUAUAGAUGGAGAUUAUGUAAAGAUAUUUCCAAAGAAAAAAACUGCAUAUGAUUCAAAUGGCAAUGUUGCAGUUGCAUUUUUAUAUUAUAAGAAUAUUGGCCCCUUGUUCUCAUCAUCUGACAAAUUCUUAUUGGAACCACAAAGUUAUGACAAUUCUGGAGAGGAAGGAAAAGUCAUCUCUUCAAUAAUUUCAGUAUCAAUUAGCUCAAAUCCACCCACAUUCUAUGAACUUGAAAAAAUAACAUUUACAUUAAGCCACACGAAGACCACAGAUAAGAAUUGGAGUCAAUGUGCAUUUUGGAGCUACUCUCUUGACAUCAUGAAUGGUAGUUGGUCUUCAGAUGGCUGUGAGCUGACAUAUUCCAACGAGACCCACACCUCAUGCAGCUGUGACCACCUGACACAUUUUGCGAUUUUGAUGUCCCCCAGUCCUUCCAUUGGUGUUAAAGACUAUAAUAUUCUUACAAGGAUCACUCAACUAGGAAUAAUUAUUUCACUGAUUUGCCUUGCCAUAUGCAUUUUCACUUUCUGGUUCUUCAGUGAAAUUCAAAGCACCAGGACAACAAUUCACAAAAAUCUCUGCUGUAGCCUAUUCCUGGCUGAACUUGUUUUUCUUGUUGGGAUCAAUACAAGUACUAACAAGCUCUUCUGUUCAAUCAUUGCCGGCCUGCUGCAUUACUUCUUUUUAGCUGCUUUUGCCUGGAUGUGCAUUGAAGGCAUUCACCUCUAUCUUAUUGUUGUGGGCGUCAUCUACAAUAAGGGAUUUUUGCACAAGAAUUUUUAUAUCUUUGGCUAUCUCAGCCCGGCAGUGGUAGUUGGAUUUUCAGCAGCAUUGGGAUAUAGAUAUUAUGGAACCACCAAAGUAUGUUGGCUUAGCACAGAAAACAACUUUAUUUGGAGUUUUAUAGGACCAGCAUGUCUAAUCAUUCUUGUUAAUCUCAUGGCUUUUGGAGUUAUCAUAUACAAGGUUUUUCGUCACACUGCAGGAUUAAAACCAGAAGUUAGUUGCUAUGAGAACAUAAGAUCCUGUGCCAGAGGUGCGCUUGCUCUCCUGUUUCUUCUCGGCACCACCUGGAUCUUUGGCGUUCUACAUGUUGCGCAUGCAUCGGUGGUGACUGCCUACCUCUUCACCGUCAGCAACGCCUUCCAGGGCAUGUUCAUUUUCUUAUUCCUGUGUGUAUUAUCUAGAAAGAUCCAAGAAGAAUAUUAUAGAUUGUUCAAAAAUGUCCCAUGUUGUUUUGGGUGUUUAAGAUAAACAUCAAGAUUGAUGAAUUUUGAUACACAAAAAUAAAAAAGCAAAGUUGUGGAUGGCCGAUGUAUAAGAAAAGACUUGAACAAAUUAUCCAGUUAUUAACUACUAUUUAAUCAAACAUUUUAAUCUGUUUUUUGUUUACAGUGUAGAACUGCCAUAAGAGGUAAAAAUUAUGUACCAUGGCUAUAGUAUGCUUUUUCUACUUGACAUAAGUUAGUUAUGUCAAAAAUAGUAUUGCAGAUAUUUGGAAAGUAAUUGGUUUCUCAGGAGUGAUAUCACUGUGCCCAAGGAAAAAAUUUCUUUCUAACACAAAAAAAAUAUAUGAAUGUCCUGAAGGAAACCACUGGCUUGAUAUUUUUGUGACUCAUGCUGCCUUUGAAACUAGUCCCCUAUCACCUCGGUAAUGAGCUCUGUUACAGAAAGUGGAACAUAAGAGAAUGAAGGGGCAGAAUAUAAAACAGUAGAAAGGGAGUAGCUGUUACAAUGAUAAGUAUUUUGAGUAAACUUGUUUCUUUGUAAACUAGAUGGGGUUUAUAGAGCUAGAAUAAAGAAUUGAAUAAGCACAUCUUUCUAUUUUGUGAAUUUUUCUGAAAUUAAGUAUCUGCUAAGACAACUUAGACCUAUAUUUGCUAUAUCUAUUUUGUCUUCCAAUAUUCUUUUAACAAAACCCAAAAUUUCACGAGUGAAAAAGAAGCAUUUCUGUUCUGUUCUUAGCUUAACAUUAAAAUGAGGUGUAUGUUGUUUCUACACUUAUCUCACAGACUGUGUCUUCAGAUGCUUAAUCAGUAAUACAUAAAUAUGUCAAAAUAUAAUAUUGUUCAUUCCUGUAAAUGUAAAAAUAGUGUAUAAAAUAUUCCAUUCUACAGCUUUCAGUGUAGUGAAAAUUGUUGUAUCUCAUUAGUAUAUUUGAAUUCUUUAUCUUUUUUAAUUUUAGAAAGUUUAUAGUUCACAUUACAACAUUCCCUUUUUAACUUACUAUUUUUAAAAGGCAUUGUAAAUAUGAAAGUAUUGUAAGAUGAAUUACUAUUUUUCAGUUUAGAAAAGUACAUCUUUUAAAAUGUUAUUUAUAACAAAUCGCUGUUACCUUUAGGUAUUUUCACAAUGGGUUUAUUUUCUGAUAGUUUUCUAAUAUCCAUUGAAUAUUAAAGCAUAUCUGCUUAAAACUAUUUUAUCUAUCUUGAAAUCUUCUCACUAAAAGGUGAAAGCAGUGAUUUUAUUUCAAAAAUGUGUGAUUGUUCUUCACCUACCUAUGAAAUUAUGCCAAUUCACUAAAUAUUGUGAUUUUUUUAAAUUAAUUUUUCUAGCUGUUAAAAUGAAGUCUGUCAAAUCUUGCUCUAACAAAUAAAAUGUUAUCUAAGUGAAUUCUUUUACCACUUUGCCGAGUUGCUUUCUCAAGAAUGAUGAGCUGCGUGCCAAUAUGUCUUACACAUUUUUAAAGGAUUCAGGAUAAUAAUUUCAUUUUAUCUUCUGAUCUCUUACUUGGUAAGCCUAUGACCGAUUAUUGUCGUCAUUAUUGGACAGUAUUAUAAGAAUGUGAUAUGGAAAAAGUAAUUUGCCCAAUUAAUAUAUACAAAAUUAUAUGUAGUAUUCAGAAUAAUGAUCUUAUGAGAUGCCCACACCCUAAUAUUUAGAACCUGUGAAUAUGUUUGCUUACAUGAGAGAAUAAAGGUUGUUAAUCAAUUGACCUUAACAUGAAGUUAUUAUCUAAUUAUAAGAACAAGGUUCCUUAUAAGUGAAAGAGGGAGGCAUAAGGGGGAAUGUGUCAGAGCAAUGCAGCAUGAGGCAUACUCAACCAGCUAAUGCUGGCUUUGAAGAUGGAAACUGCCCAUAAGCCAAGGAACAUGGAAAGCCUCUAGUACCUAAAAAAAGACAUUGGAAAUAGAUUCUCCCUCUCCUAAUGGCGGGAGGGCAGAGUUAGUCCUGCUGAUACCUUUGUUUCUGCCAAAGAAGUUUAACUUCCAGAAAUAAAAGAUAAUAAAUGUAUCAAGAUAUUGUUUGAAUUCACCAAGUCUGUUGAAAAUUUGUCACAAGAUUAUUGAUAAAUUUUUUGUAAUUUGUUACAACCAAAGUGAACUGAAUACUAUGAAAAUAUGUGUGUAUAAUAACCUCUGUAGGGAAAAGCAAUUGUUCAUAUUAAGGCAAACCUC